AUGGACCCGUGUAGGUGCCCUCUGCCAAAUUUUGCUGCCUACCCUGAGACAACGGCAAAUACGGACGUGCUGCGCGAGUUGUUCGCCGACGAGUUCAAGGAAACUGAGGAAGGAGACAGCGGCAGGACUGAGACCGACGUCGACAUCAAGACAGAGGUCAAAGAAGAGCCGAAUAUGAAGAGAGACGUCGUAGCAGAUGUCUCUGCACGCAGCGAGGAUCUCUAUACGACGGAUGCAUACUACAGCGAGCACUAUGAUACUAAAGAGGCAUACGACUCGGCGUACGACACUGAGUAUGACGCUACUGAGAUGUUUGUGGCGGAAACGAAGGCAGAGGAGGUUUGUGUGUCUACGGGAGAAGAGGAGGAUGUCUCUGCAGUGAACGACAGUGCGGAGGAUUUGGACGAAGAUGAAGAGGGGUUUUGGGAUGCGGUAGAGCGUGUGUCGGGCGGUGAGUCUGAGGAGUGCGUGGACAAAGAAGAGUCUAAUGAAGCGUCGUUGGCCACGCUCGCCGUGACGACUGAACCGACGGACAAGAGCAGAGGAGUCUCAUUAUCUCGACUGCGUCACCUAUCCCGGGUGGGUGCUGAACCUCCUCUCGAGUCUGCUACGAAUAAACCGUUGGCUUUGGCUGUUGACUGGAGGCCAUCGGAGGACGUGGGAAUUGGAGUGGGGGAGACUGUAUUCGCUGCUUGGACGCUGGAGGAUGACCCCGAUGGGACGGUUGUCGUGGUGGUAGCGUAA